CCGCACCGGACACGCGGGACAAUGGCGUUGCGGGUCAGAAAGAGCUUCCUGCUGUUUUUCAUUCAGAUCUGCCUAUGCACAGGCUCUCGGUUGCGUCUGGAGGACAGUCCGCCUCGGAUCGUGGAGGACCCGUCUGAUCUGAUCGUGUCUAAAGGUGAACCAGCCACGCUGAACUGCAAAGCUGAGGGAUGGCCUACACCGAAUGUGGAGUGGUACAAAGAUGGAGAACAUGUAGAGACAGAUAAAGAUGACCCGCGUUCACACCGCAUGCUGUUGCCCAGCGGCUCGCUCUUCUUCCUACGAAUUGUGCACGGCCGCCGCAGCAAGCCAGACGAAGGUGUCUACACCUGUGUGGCCCGUAACUACCUCGGGGAGGCAGUGAGUCGCAAUGCCUCAUUGGAGGUGGCCACCCUGAGAGAUGAUUUCCGCCAGGCCCCGAGUGAUGUGGUGGUUGCUGCCGGUGAACCUGCCGUGCUGGAGUGCAUCCCACCACGCGGUCAUCCAGAGCCCAGCAUCUCCUGGAAGAGGAACAACGUCCGAGUGAGCGACAAAGACAGCAGGAUCUCUAUGCGCGGUGGCAAGCUGAUGAUCUCACACACCCGGAAGAGUGAUGCAGGCAUGUACGUGUGCGUAGGCUCCAACAUGGUGGGAGAGAGGGACAGCGAUCCGGCUGAGCUGGUGGUUUUCGAGAGACCGGUGUUCAUCCGUAGGCCAGUGAAUCAAAUAGUGCUGGCAGAUGAAACAGUGGACUUCCUGUGCGAGGUCCAUGGAGAUCCAGCUCCCACCAUCCGUUGGAGGCGUGAAGGGGGAGAGCUGCCUCGAGCCAGAUUUGAGAUCCGCGGUGACAACACUCUCCGUCUGGUGAAGGUGCGAGAGGAGGAUGAGGGGACUUAUACGUGUGUGACGGAAAACAGCGUGGGGAGAACGGAGGCCUCGGCGACGCUGCAGGUCCAUGUCCCCCCACAGAUUGUCCUCCAGCCCCAGGACCAGGUCUCAGCCCAAGGACAGACUGUAACUUUCCGCUGUGGCACAAAAGGCAACCCUCCUCCAGCAGUUUUCUGGCAGAAAGAAGGGAAUCAGAUGCUGCUAUUCCCAGGGCAGCCUCUUUCUCCGGCUGGACGUUACUCCGUGUCCAUGAGCGGUGAGCUAAUCAUCACAGCAGUCCACAGUGAAGAUUCUGGGUACUACAUGUGCCAAGCCAUCAGCGUGGCAGGCAGUACUGUCUCCAAAGCCUUCCUGAAGGUAGUCACUGGGCCCUCAGACCUCGUUCCCCCAAUCAUCCACCAAGGCCCGGGUAACCAGACGCUGACACUGGGCUCCAGUACCGAGCUCCAGUGCCAUGUAAUGGGCAUCCCACCUCCCAGCAUCAGAUGGGAGAAGGACGGGCAGAGACUCACUGCAGAUGGCGUUCACAUCAGUCUGAUUGAAAAUGCCACUUUACACAUCAGCAGCCUGCAGGAGACCGACUCAGGGAUGUACGCGUGUGUAGCCUCCAGUUCCACAGGAGAGACGAGGUGGAGUGGCAGCAUCACCGUGAGAGAUACAGAGACAUCGUCCCUGGUCCGGCUCUCACAGACCCUGCAGCUGCCUGGUCCCCCACUGAAGCCUGCCGUGACAGACGUGAGCCAGAGCAGUGUCACGCUGACGUGGCAGCCCAACCAGCACGAAGGAGGCGCUGCUGUCACCUCUUAUAUUAUCGAGGCUUUUAGUCAGUCAGUGGGAAGCACAUGGCAGACUGUUGCAGAUCAGGUGAAGCAGGAGAAACACACAGUGUCUGGUCUCUUCCCCAACACUGUGUACCUUUUCAUUGUGCGUGCAGUGAACUCGUACGGCCUGAGUGACCCAAGCCCCAUCUCAGAGCCUGUCCGAACGCAAGAUGGCAGUCCCAACAGUUCGCCAAUCGAUCACAGGCGUGUGCAGGCGGAUUUAGCAGAGGUCACAGUGUAUCUGCAUCCUCCAGAGAUCCUGACUCCCACCAGCAUACAGAUCUCAUGGACUGUUGAGCGUGAGCCUUACUACAUUCAGGGUUACAGGCUGCUGUACAGGCCAUCGGGCAGCGCCUGGCUGGUUCAGGACAUAAAGGCAGCGUCCAAACACACAGCAGUGUUAUCAGAGCUGCACAGAGGCACAGAGUACGAGCUCAAAUUGAGGCCUUACUUCAAAGAGUACCAGGGCUCUGACAGUGAGCUAGUAGUGUUUCACACCCCAGAGGAGGUGCUAAGUGGCCCCCCUCAAGCUGUCAGUGUGGUCCAGUUAGAUAACAGCUCAACAGUGCGAGUGUCCUGGGAGCCUCCUUUAGCUGAUAUCCAGGAUGAGCCAAUUUUGGAGUACAGGGUGUGGUGUGUAGGGAAUGUGUCUGGACUUCAGAUGCAGUUAAACCAAAGUGUGACCGGGGAAGUCCUCCACGUACUGGUGGAUGACCUGGUUCCCGAGAUGCUGUACAGCGUGCAGGUGGUUGCAGUGACCAGCACCGGACCUGGAGAACCCAGCGAGCCAGUAUUUAUUUUCAUCACCCCUGUAGGAGAGCCCUCAUUGCCUGUGCUGAAUGAUGACAGCAGUAGUCUUUCGGAGCACAUCUCGGCACUGUUCAGACAACCAGCUUUUAUUGCCACUCUGGGUUCAGCCUGCUGGAUGGUGCUGAUGGGCUUCAGUGCCUGGAUUUACUGCAGACACAAGAGAAGCAAAGAGCUCGGCCACUAUGCCACCUCUUUUGCCUACACACCUGCAGUUGGCCUCUCCAAUGGUGACCGAGCAGGACUUAGCAAUGGAAGGCCAUGCUUGCUUGGGUCCAACAUGGUUAACUAUCCCUGGCUGGCAGAUUCUUGGCCGAACAACAACUUCAACCAGAGCAGUAAAGACUCCAUGAAUUGCUGUACUGGCAAACACAACUCCAACGACAGAUAUUACAACACUACAGGGACAAGCUUCCUGAGGCCGAACCAAACAUACAGCCCAACAUCCAACGAAGGUGCCAUCUAUAGCACUAUCGACAGAGCUGACGAGUCACAGCAUGACCUGAGUAGUGUUUACUCUCAUGACCUGUACAUCAGCUCACCAGUCCUGUCCAAACCUGACCUCGACCAGUGGAGCUUACAGUCUGACCUCAGUACAGCAGAAUAUGCCCAACUCCAGUACCCAAGGACGGACACUGCUAAUGUGGAAAUGCAGAAGCCUUGUGAGUCAGCGACGUAUAACUGGUCCAAUGUUCUGUCCCUGCCGCCACCACAUACCCGAGAACAGAGACAGCAGCCCAGGUGCGAGGAUGAUGAAGACUGGUGUGCCCCUUUGCCGGAGAGGACUUAUCGGCUGGAGGGUUUGGAGAACGCAGCAACGUUGCCUCUGAGAGGAGAGCGCUGUGGGCGAGCUACCACCUACAGCCCGCAGUUCACAGCCACCCUAAAUCCAUCUCCCAAUGAGGAACGAAUGCCAGUUAAUCCGUGUUUACAGCAUCCUGACUUACUGCUACGCAGUAAGGGGCCAUGCACACCAAAUUCCAAAUCAACUCAGCCCAACCCAAACCUACUCAGUAACCUGGAAUUACAGAACUGCAGCCUGCCCCGUCUGCCAGGCCAUUGGAGAGACAUCUCCCAAGUGGAGAGGUCUCAGCAUUUAAAAGGUGAGAUUGCUUUAUUUGUGCAUGAGAAAUCAAUUCCAUCCCCCACUGAGCAGCCACGGUCCAAAAAGACAUCAUCCAGAGAUGGACCCCGGAGAAGAGAAACCUUAAAAACAGGAGAUCUGCCCCCUCCGCCUGAACCCCCUCCCGCAGAAGGCUCUCAGGUGGACCUGGCAGCCAUGUCGAAGGCCAGAACACAGCCACCUAGCCGAGAAUGGAGGGCAGAUCAGAGAACACAGAGCCAGUGGAGCACAGAAGAUGAGGAGCUUAUCCAUUACAGUGUGAAUAUGCAGUCCAGGAAUCACAUGUCCAGUCAAUGUUCUCCUCCUGCAACUUCCAGCUCUUGCUCUCAUCCCUCCACAGCUUCCCACACCAGGAGGAAAAAAGAGAACGUGAUGUGAGUGGAAGAUGAUGAUGAGUUUCGUCAUCAGUGUCCUGCUGUUCCAUGUGAUCCAACAAACUUUUAUUGCAAAUGAUGUCCAGUAGAACACAAGAGCCAUACAUGUGUAUGUGAUUCCCAUCCACCUCCUUAAGCUGUUUGUUUGUUUGUUUGUUUGUUUAAUGAAUUUUUAUUUAUUUAUUUUUGUAUGAUUCCUUGCUAAGUUGAACCCCUGCUUUUAUCCAUAUAAUAUUUUUGACUGUGCUUUGCGUGAGUGAAAAACAAAUGAUGAUUUUUGUCAGACGUAAUGUCUCUGAAUGUAUUUUUUUUCUAUUUACCUUGAUACCUCGAUAUUUACAUUUAAUUCCAUGCUGUUUAUGUUGUGUGAUACUAGAGUCUCUGCGUCUAAACCCAUAGCAGUUUUAUGGUAGAAUAGUACAGCUAUUUACGAUCCAGCAUCAUCGCUUCAAAUCCGUCCACACUGCAAAACUGUCAUCUGCUCCAGAGAGAUGAGUCUUGCCUGCUGAGCUGCACUGCUGACAUACAAAUAAAGAAACCGUGCAAGCUAAAGUGCUAAUGUUAUAAACAAUGAAUGGAAGUUAGUAGGGCAUAUUAAUAUUAUACAGAUGAGAGGACCAUGUUGAACACAUUAGCAUUAAAAUCAUUUAUGUCCUCUGUCGUAUUUUGGAUUGUGCAAGAAAACACAAUAAAGCAAAUGUUGAAAUACAUUUUUUUAAAUAAUAAAAUGAUGGAGUUUGUCUGGAAGCUUUCUUUUAUUACCUGCUUGGAAUGAUUGAACUAUGACAGAUAAACUACUCUGAGCUCUAUUUCCAUUCCAGUGCAGUGUAAUGUGCUAGUAAACACCAGAUUUUUUUUGUUUGGGCACAAGCCAGUUUUGCAUUUAUAACCUUUUCCUAGUAUGGUCCUUUGCUGAAGUUGGUAAAGUGGUGCAAAAUGGGGGUGUAACAUUCAAAAUCUGCCAACAUAGUGGGAUUUCUAAACCUAUUUUUGGCCAAAUAGGUGCGUGCGUCAUCCUCUCCCAAGAUCCCUCUUGAGAUGCAGGGAUAUUUUCCUGACUUAAAGCGUUGGAGUUACAGUAUAGGUCUUUUCCCAUUUUUAACAAGACCAUUUUGUGGAUGUUUAGUACUGGCCUGUAUCGCCCAGUUCAGCUUAAAUAAACCAGUUCAUCCGAAUCCUAUCUGAAAACAACAGAAUUCAUUACUACAAUAUACAUAAUUCUUAAUUAUAAGAACAAAUGUCUCAGUUCUGGCUAUGAAAGGUCAGUUUUAUAGCAAAAGCAUUUACAAUGCUUCUGUGACACUAAAGAUUUUACCUGUGUGGAAAAAAAAUGCAGCAGGAUGGGGUUAGGUUUAGGGUUCAUGUCUAUCUAAAUCCAUUUAAGAAUAAAAUUUCUCCAAAACAACCCAAACAAAAACAGUUUAUUUACAGAAAGUAUCAAUAGGACAUGCAGUCUAAUGUACAUUUUACAGUUUCAUUGUAUUACAGUGCCCUCCACUAAUAUUGGCACCCACAGUAAAUAUGAGCAAAGAAGGCUGUGAAAAAUUGUCUUUAUUGUUUAAGCUUUUGAUCUUUUG